UCCACACCCUCCCACUUCAGACUGCUGAUCAAGUUCAGAUGCCUCCUGUCUUUGUCUCUCCCAGCUGGGUCUCACAAGCCGCCCCAACACGGAACACAAGCUAAAUGGAAGUAGGAUAUUUUACGAGCAGUCUUGGGGAUUUCCACAAAGGUCACUAUCAAAAUGUCGUAAACAAACAGUCCGGGGAGAUGGACUCAACAGAGUUUUCCCUGCUGUCAUCACUGAGAGGCGAGGUUAAACAUGAGGAUUUUGUCCAGCCUCAUUAUAAGGAGUCAUAUCGCCUGGCGAUCGAUCGUCUUAUUAAAGACGGCAGAGAAAGUUAUUUUGAGUUCCUAAAAGAAGAACGUAUUGCAAGCUUCCUUUCAGAAGAUGAAAUUGUCUUCCUCACCUCCAAUGUCGAACAGUUGCCAUCCCAAAACCAGACGGAAGAAAUCGUCGACCCAACAGACAACCAGUCGUCAUCUGGGACGUACUGGCCCACUCACUCAGAUGUGGAAAUGCCAAAUCUGGAUUUGGGUUGGCCACAUGUCCAGCAUGAAAAACAUCCGACUAAUAUCAAUCUGCUCUACCAUCCACCUAGACUCAACAACCCGACCAUAAAGGAGGUGAUCCGGAAGCACAUUCAGGAUGCAAGAACGGUCAUUGCUAUUGUGAUGGACAAGUUUACAGAUGUUGAUAUUUUCAAAGAAAUCGUGGAUGCUUCUAUGCGAGGCGUGCCAGUCUACGUGUUGCUAGACGAUGACAAUUUUAAAAGCUUCCUCAAGAUAGCAGAUGAUCACGAUAUCAAACUACAGCAGCUAAGAAACAUGAGGGUGCGCACAGUGAAAGGUCCGGAUUACCUCUGUCGAUCAGGAGCCAAAUUUCAUGGAGCAAUGGAGCAGAAGUUUCUUUUAAUCGAUUGCCACACGGCAAUUUAUGGCUCGUACAGCUUCUCUUGGUCUUUCGAGAAGAUCCAUCUAAGCAUGGUUCAGGUCAUCACAGGCCGGCUUGUAAAGUCCUACGAUGAGGAGUUUCGGACACUUUACGCCCGGUCGAUUGUCCGAGCCGAGCUCGGUACCCCACUGGAAGGGACAAGCAACAGCAGCUUUUUUGGGCAGCAUAUGUUGUCAAGACAUCAUUCUGCUCCAAAGAUUGGACGAAAUGACCAUAUGAGGCAUACCUUGGAUGUAGCAAAUUGGAAAACCGGUGAAAUGAAUUCCGGGACAAGAGACAGACUCAUUAAAGAGGGCGGUAUAUUCCUUAGUCCCUUAAUGAAGACAUCACAGUUGGAAUUUGAAACCCUAGAUGAGAUGAAUUUGUGUAAAAGGCACAGUUACGCCUGGGAAACACAAGAUGGAUGCAUCCCACAGAACACGAGGCCGAGAGGAAGCAACUGGAACAUCCAGAGAGACUCUAGCAUUCUACCACACAAUUAUGCAAUGGAUAAUUAUUUGCAAGUACAACAAAUACACAGAGGUCAACACAUGCGUCAGUCUUAUAAUGGCCUUGAUAAACAAGUCCUUUCCAUGCAACAAAACUUGCCAACAUUGGAGAAAACCUCAAAGUCGUUCAUGCGCACAUGGAGGAUUGAAUCUUAUCUAAAAAAUCCUGACGCUCCCUCUCCAGACACAUUUGACUAUCUAGACCAGUUUGAAACCGUGGAUAAAGCUAACUCCUUCAUGCAGGGACAUAUGCGUAACUCAAUUUCUGUCAGGAGCCCCAUACCAGAACGCCUGGAGCCAAGCAGACUAAUAAACACCCCUUCAUGCCAUACUGGUUACUCAGCAGCACCCAAUGCACCGCUGCACUACAAUUCAGUGUACUGGGAUGCUGCAGCAGCUGAGAACAGAAUGAACACCAAGCGAAAGAGCUUGCAAAUUUUAGACAACUUUGACAGCUACAGCUCAGGUAAAAACUCUUACCACUCUACAUAUUCCAGUUUAAGCAGAAGUAGACAUGGGCAGAUGAAUACAAACCCGGACAUGUUGACAGACAGUUGGCAGAAGAGGCACAGUGUGGCUGAUCCGAGGUCAAGUACGGAGCACCCAUAUGAAACCUCGAGUCACAUGUAUGGACAUUUUGUCAGGACAGAAGUAAACAGGAGCACCGCGGAGAUUCCUGUUCAGAAUGGCGGUUACAAAACAAGCAUGAAUGAAGAUCAGCGAUCUCUCUCCCACUAUGAUGUUAAGAAAAUUGCAGACAAAAAGGGCCCAAAUAUUCGUAUUUUUCACAAACCCCCAACCAGGACUGUCUCUGCAGCAGCCCUUCAUCUCAAUAACAAAGAAUUGGCGAACAAAUCCAACAGUAUGAUUUCUCAGCCCAUGCCAAAGAAUAGCUCUAAGAAAAUGCAAUCUUUGCUGAACAUACAAGAGGGGAAAGAGGAUUUCAGAACCAUGGAGACAACAAGUCUCAAUUCUUGUGAAAGCAGUGACACCUUAACAGCCGAUGAUGAUGCAAGGUCGAUUCAAAGUGGAGAAAAACGUCAGCAAAGUUCAACCAAUUCUGUCAAAUCAUCACCCGAAAGCCAUCUAAUGUCCGAAAAGCCACAAUUCAAAACAGAAGAACAUCAAGAUCACCAAGUAAACCCUCCCUCUAAGACUACCAUACAGAAGAAACCCUCGUUUCAUGGAAGAAACACUAAGCCAGCAGCUGAGAGUCGUGUGUACAGCAGGUUUGAACCUUUCUCCUCGCUUGAAAAGAAAAGCUCUCUGUUGUCUGGCUCCAAACGUGCACAGUCCAAAAGCCUUACUAGAGGUGAAGCAGCAUUCGAAGGCAGCCACAAUCAGGCAACACGAGGACACCAGGAAAACAAGCUGGAGAAAUUCUUCCACAGAGUGGGAAGUUUGUUAAGUAAGAAUAAGUAAUGAGUGCUGCUUUCGUGGCACACUCAAGCUACAUAGGUUGCCUAUUGUUGAUGCCCAUUAGGUUGGCAAAGUUCCCCUACGUAGCUCAAGUAUUUUGACUUUAUUUUUUUACCUUUUGUAUUGCACUGAAAAAUGAUAAUAAAAAAGGGUACACUGAUGUGCAUUACAGUGUCAGUGUUUUAGAAAUACCACCUCAGUCUUUGUUCUGCCAUGAAUUAAAAUGCUGUCAAAAUAUUUGCAUUAGCAGAUGGUCGUUUUGUCAGGUCACAUAUGUAUCCUUUCUUUCACUGGAACUGCAGGUGUGAAGGGUGAAUAUACCUCACUGAUUUCUGUAUAGACUUUGUGCUUUUCAGUGUUGACAGCUGCGCCAGGCACAGACAUAAAAAAAUAUAAUAGGCAUGCAAACUCAUCAGACAACCGGACAAGCAUUUCUUACUAAUCUAUGUUUUACAAAGGCUUCACAAUGCAGUGAAGUAGGGCACAAUACUGUGAGAAAGAAUGCACAUUAUGUACGUUUCUUAAAUUCUUAAUCUUCCAUUAAUUUUAUGAAAAAAAUCAACAGGGAUUUCAGUAAUGGGAUUGCUUUGUUUACAGAAUGGUGCACCUUAAUGUGAAAACUUUUUAUAUGCACGGACACGAGAAGCCAAGAAAGAGUGACUCUUAGCUUCACUUGUGAGGUGGUGACAACUUGGUCGAGAGUUUUUAUUUCUUAGGGGAUGAAAUGAAUGUGCUCAGAGAUAAUGCACUUUUAAAUGAAUGUAUUGUAGAGGGCUGGAUGAGGGUUUGUGUGUCAAUGUUACUGUAUAGUAAACACUCUGCAGCCUGGAAAAG